UCUCACUGGAGGGGGCGGGCUCGACAGGGUGGGUGGGGCUAUCGGCCAGCUUUCUCUCACGUGCUGCGUUCGCGAGGAAGUUUCCAGAGUGUUUCCACAGUAACAAGCGAUCCUCCAGAGGACAGGUGAACAUGUCGUCCGUGACGGUGGAGUCCGUGGUCAAGACGCCCGCUCUCAUUGGAGAAGGGCCUGUGUGGGAGGAGUCAGAGCAGACGCUGCUGUUUGUCGACAUCGCAGGAGAGAAGAUCCACCGCUGGAGUUCAACCAGCAACCAGAUCCAGUCUGUGGAGACAGGUGACACGGUGGGCUUUGUAGUUCCUCGUGAGUCAGGCGGCUACGUCGCUGGUGUUGGCCGCAGCAUCCUGGCUGUUGAUUGGUCCUCUCAGAUGAUGACACCUCUAGCUAAAGUUGAUGAAGACAAACUCAACACAAGACUCAACGAUGGCAAAGUUGAUCCAUUUGGACGGCUGCUGGCAGGUACGAUGGCGAAGGAGAGUCCGCACGGCCAGAUUGAGAGGAAACAAGGAUCUCUGUACUCUGUGAACUCUGACCUUGCAGUGACCAGGCUCCUGAGCCAGGUGGACAUCUCCAACGGGCUGGAGUGGUCUCUGGAUCAAAGAACCUUCUUCUACAUUGACAGUUUGUCUCUGACCGUUGAUGCCUUUGACUACGAGCCGACCAGUGGAUCUCUGGCGAACCGGCGUGUGGUGUAUCGCAUGAAGGAGGGGGAGGGGCUUCCUGACGGCAUGACCACUGAUGUUGACGGCCGCCUCUGGGUAGCUUGUUACAACGGAGGAAGAGUGAUCCACAUCGAUCCCACCACUGGUGUGCAGCUGCAGACUGUCUCUCUGCCAGUGACAAAGGUCACUUCCUGCUGUUUUGGAGGUCCAGACUUUUCUGACCUGUUUGUGACCUCAGCCAGUCUGGGCCUCGACCAAUCAGAGAAGAGCCAGCAGCCUCUGGCGGGUAACACCUUCAGGGUGAGAGGACUUGGGGUUAAAGGUCAACCAUCAAGGUCAUUCAUAGGAUAAUUCUCAGAAUGCCGAGACCCACCCGGAAAACCAAUCUGCCACUCACUGUUGGAGCAAAUCAGAGCAGAAGCAGAACCCUUAGAAUCUUAAGGAGCUGUCAGCUAGUUAGAAAUAAGAAUCCAAUGUUAUUCAUUCUGACUCUACUUGAAAUAAAGUCCGCCUUAAAUUGGCACUGCAGCA